UAGUAGUUGAUAAACAAGCAACUUGUGUUGUGUAUAGUUUCUGCUGUCGGUGGUGGCCUUUCUCAGUCUUUUUUGAGCACUACAUUUCCUCUUCCUUCUAUACUCUCACCUUCUCUAGUCUCUACUCAAAUCUCUUUUUCUCUCUCUCUUCAAUCUUUCAUCAUUACAUUUUUAUGUCCAAGCAACCAGUAAACCAAUCAUCACUUCAUUAAAUUUCAAUGCUUUUCUAGUAAAUUUUGCAGUUCACACAUUGUUUUUUGUUGGGUUUUGUUCUGUCAUUUUUUUUAGUGAGGAAAUUUUAGGAAAUGCAAAGAUCUGAAAGAGAUAAUCCAAGAGAAAAAAAGAAGGAAUCUAAUAAAAAUUGCAUUUUUGUUGUAAGAAAUUGGAUCUCUAGCAUAAUGGUAGAUCCAAGACAGAUUCUUGCUGGGUUUCUUACUGUCACUAUGUUUGUUAUGCUUGCUCAUAUGAUCAGAAGAGACCAUUUUAGCUCUCAUUCUGAGGUGAGGAUGACACCAUUUCCAAUGACCUCAUAUGAAGGAUCCAAGUUUGAAGAACAGAAUAGUGUGUCAGUUGAUAGCAGUGGUCUAUGGAGAGAUGAUGCUUCUGAGCUAAAACCUUGUUGGACUAAACCAAGUUUGGAAGAAGGAGAGCUAUCAGAUGGAUAUGUUACUUUCUCUUUAACUGAUGGACCAGAAUACCAUGUCUCACAGAUUGCUGAUGCAGUGGUAGUGGCAAAAAGCCUUGGUGCAACUCUUGUAAUUCCUGAUAUCAGGGGAAGCAAAUUAGGAGACAAGAGGGAUUUUGAUGAUGUCUAUGAUGCUGAGAAAUUUAUAAGUAGCUUGGAUGGGGUGGUCAGGGUCGUAAGGCAACCACCUACAAAAAUAUCAACCAAAAAACUUGCAGUUGUUAAGGUUCCAAAUCGUGUUACCAAAGAGCACAUUGUUGAAAAUAUUGAACCAGUGUUUAGGGAGAAGGGCAACAUCAGGCUAGCUACAUAUUUUCCAUCAGUAAAUAUGAGAAAAUCUAAAGCAAUAAGUGAACUUGACUCUGUUGCAUGCAUGGGAAUGUUUGGUUCAUUAGAGUUGCAACCAGAAGUCCGUGGAGUUGUGGACUCGAUGGUGGAGCGGUUAAGAACAUUGAGUCGAAAGUCAGAUGGUCGCUUUGUAGCUGUGGAUUUGAGGGUUGAUGUUUUAGAAAAGAAGGGAUGCAAAGAUAAAGCUGGUUCUGGAUCAAAGAGUUGUUAUAAUGCAGGAGAAGUUGCUACAUUUCUAAGAAAACUUGGUUUUGGCAAGGAUACCACUAUCUAUUUGACCCAAUCAAGAUGGGACAGCAGUCUUGACGCUCUAAAGGAGCUUUUCCCCAAAACUUACACAAAGGAGGGAAUAAUGCCUAUGGAUAAAAAGGAUCAAUUCCUUAAUCCAGAAGCCCCAACACUAGAAGAGGUUGUUGACUUCCACAUCUGUUCUGAAAGUGAUGUUUUUGUACCAGCCAUCUCCGGUCUUUUCUAUGCCAAUGCUGCCGGGAGGAGGAUCUCUACUGGCAAGACACAGAUUCUUGUUCCAGCCGAUAUAUCUGCUUCUUCUGCUUCCCCAGAUAAAUACCUUUCUCAUUAUGUCACCAAGCAGAACCACUUGGCUUAUUCAUGCUACUGCUCAUAGUUAUUUCAGAAGAGAAUUAUUGGUCAUACGUUCUAUAAUAGUGUUCAAAAUUCUGAUAAACAGGUAAGUCAAACCAUUUUGGGUUAGGCAAUUUAUGGUUGAGUGAUUUUUCAUACUUAAUUCAGGUUCAGGUAGCCUCCAAAAAACUCGAGGUUACACGAUCUUUAGAGAUACAGCUUGUAAUAUAUUUAUUAAGUUGUACUUUAGUGAUUGUAAACAGUGUGAUUUCAACAUGUUAGUUUGGUUGGUUCGA